AUGAUGAACGGAGGAGGAGGAGGAGGAGGAGGAGGAGGGGGAAGCGGGGCUGGGGGCAAUGGGGGUGGGACGGGGUCGGCGAGGGUGCCGACGUGGAGGGAGCGGGAGAACAACCGGCGGCGGGAGCGUCGGCGGCGGGCGUUCUCUGCGAAGAUCUUCUCGGGGCUGCGCGCCCACGGGAACUACACCCUCCCCAGGCACUGCGACAGCAACGAGGUGCUCAAGGCCCUCUGCAACGAGGCCGGGUGGAUCGUCGAGCCCGACGGCACCACUUACCGCAAGGGAUGCAAGCCUCCGGCACGUGAUCUGAUGGGGUUUGGCGGGUCUGCUUCGGCGACGAUGACUCCCAGCUCGUCGUACCUAAUGACCCCGCGAGCUUCCUACGGCCCGAGCUCGGCCUCGUCUUCCUCCCACAUCACACUUGGCGGCGGGAGCAACAGCUUCUUCUACGCUGGCGGCGGGGGAGUCGAAGGCGGCAGCCUCGACCCGUGGCUUAAGACCAUGUCCUCGGCCGGCGGCACCUCGUACCCUUACUACGGCGCGGGCUCCGCAAGCGCGCCGGUGACGCCGCCGCCCGGCUCCCCGCCGCGCCUCAAGAUGGCCAGCUGGAACAACAACCCAGCCGGCGCUACCGGCCGCGUGCAGCCGCCGUGGGUGGCCGGCGGCGGCACCAGCCGCUACGCCUCCCAGCUGCCUUACUCCAUGCCACCGAGCCCCGGCGUCCGCCAGGCCGCGGCCGAGCCGGCGAGCUGGCUGCCGGGGUUCCAGAUAUCCUCCGCCGGGACCAGCAAGUCGGCAGCAGCCUACAACCUCGUGGCGCCGGGCCAGUUCAACGCCUUCAGGGACGCCGGCGGCGAGUCGAGCUCCUCGAGGAUGCUCGCUCCGGGACCGGGACAUUGCACCGGGGCGCGCUCUCCGGCUGUCGUCGCCGGCGGCCGCGACGCCCUUAUGGCCGAGAGCGCUCCAUGCGAGCUCUCGCUCGGGGGCGGGCGGACGCUGGUGAGCGCGUGGGAGGGGGAGGCGAUCAAGGAGUCCCCCAAAGAGGAGCUGGAGCUCACGCUUGGGAACUCCAGGACCCGCGCGGAUCGCUCUUGAUUCACUGAGCUGCAACAAGACUGUGCAUGGCUUCUGCUGCUGCUAAUGGGAUGCUGUCUUUGGAGGAGGGACUGAGCUUAGUUUAAUCUCUGGCCGACAGGCGUUAACUUUAGGCAUAUCCUCUUAUCUUUUCGUCUUUUUUA